UCUUAACACAGGUUAUAUAAAUCAAGCUUGUACCAACAGAAAACCAAUGUGUUAAACUUGAUUAAACUCAAUUUUAAAGUUACCACAAGCAUAUGUCUGAUUUUAAACGUCUGUUUCGACGUCAGCGCUCAGAGAAGCAUAUGUUACAUGAAGAAGAACAACAACAAUCUUCAAGUGGUUUACAAACAGAACGAAAUGCCGUUUCAAAUGCAGCAACCAGUAAUAUUGGGAAGAGAAAUAGCACUUUCUUUCAGAGCUCAACUGGUGAAGAAAACAAUGUAGACGAUCAUUUUAAAGAACCAAAAAGUUGGCGGAAAUCCUUUCGCAAAUUUCGAUGGAAGAAAAAAGAUCCUCCGAUAAGUAUGUCUACUGACAACAUCCUUACUAUCCCAGAAUCUGCCGGUGAUAGUGCGGAUAUGGGCCAACCAACUGCACAAAACUCUCCAACAAAAGUGAGCAAGCGUUGGUCAUAUUCUCCGGAUUUAUCUGAGGAAAAUGUUCCUGGGGCCAGAGAGUUAAGAGGAACUUUGGAAAGAAAACUAAGCGUGAAGCUAGAAAAAGAUGAAGCACAAGCUGGUGACUACUUUGGAAAGCAUAGAAAACAAAACAUAAACAGCCUUCAAAAUAAUGAAGAAAAUAGUUUACCAUCCAGCAAACCUUGUGUCAACAAUAACGAAACAGACACUAUAUCUGAACAACCUGGUGAUCAUGAAAAUACAAACAAAUUAGAAGUUAAAUCUGAUGAAAAUGGAAAUGUUUUUCAGAAUGUAGAAAAUGAUUUACCCCCAUUACAACAAGAUCAACAGUGGCAAUCCUCAUGUACAGAAACACCUGAAGAGGAAGAAGAGCCGUAUGACCUAGGGGAUAUAGAUGCAGUCUUAAGCAUGGUUGACACUAAAUCUACACUGAGGAGUUUACAUGGACAAGGUGCAGUAGAUGAAGGUCACUUAUGGGGAGCUGCUUCACUACAUGCCACUGGAAGUUUUCUGCAACGCAGUCGAAGUGACACAGCAUUUGAGCGUGUUGCCGAAAGUGCGCUUGAAAGUUACCACUAUGAACCUGAACCACAACAAUAUUAUGAAGAACUGCAUGAAGAUGGAACUAAUAAUAAAAGUGAAAAUGCAUAUGCUUAUCCAACACCAGACAGUGACUAUGUCACCUCAGCUGGUAUGGAAGAUAAUAUAUCUUGGGAUAGCAAUGAGUUUGAUUCAUCAUCGGAAUCGGAAUAUGAAGAUUAUUCUCAAUCCGAUGUAAAACUUCGGAAACCACCAAAAGUAGACAGGACAAGUAAAGAUUUGGGGAAAGAAGUUCAAAAACUUUGGUUUUGGGAGAAAUCAUCAUUUAAGAAAAGAGUCAGCAAAGCUCCUUCUGUUGAACCGGAACCAAGCUCCUUUGUUGAAAUUGACAUUCCAACGAAUCGUCAUCCGUUGCCACGGUUACCGGAUCCUGUACCUCCGGAUCUAACGGAGGUUCAGUUGAAAAGAAGAAGAAUAGUUGGUACCAUCAUCUCUAGUGAAGAAUCGUAUAUUGAAUCAUUGCAAAGGUUGGAAGUGGAAUACAAGCAAACUUUGCUAGAACAGAGGCCUGCAUUAAUUGGAGCUGAAACUGUGGAAAAAAUCUUCUACAAAGUCUCCAACAUCCUACAGUGUCAUAAACUCUUUCAAAUUGCUCUUGCUGCUGCAGUUAUGGAUUGGGAUAACCAUGAAUGUAUUGGACGCACUUUUGUGGCCUCCUUUUCCAAAUCCAUGGUCCUUGAAUGCUACAGUGACUACAUAAAUAAUUUCAACACUGCCAUGGACAUCGUAAGGAAAACUUGUGUUCGGAAACCGCAGUUCCUGGCAUUUCUACGAGACCGACAAUCGAGCAGCUCAUCCAGGCUUAAUCUGUAUGGUUUGAUGUUGAAACCUGUGCAAAGGUUUCCACAGUUUAUAAUGAUUGUGCAGGAUCUAUUGAAGAGAACACCAGACAACCACAAUGAUAAACUUCCCCUCCAACUUGCACUCACGGAGCUUGAAACCUUGGCUGAGCGACUUAACCGACAUAAAGCUGAAGAUGAGGACAGUGCUCAUUUACGUGCGCUCAUUGAAAACAGCAAUCUUAAACUAUCAACGCACACUAAAGAUGGCAGGGUUAGGAAGCUGCUGAAGCAAGGAGAGAUGAGGGAAUGUGAACAUAAUGUUGAUGGUUUGCUGGAAAGAGUGAAAGAUUCAUUGAUAGUUCUCACCAAUGAUAUGCUCAUAUGCUGCUCUAUAACUAACAGACGUCAGUAUCACCGUGGUGGGGGAGGUACAAGCAAGGACAUGUUUAAAGUGAGGUGGAGGGAAGGAUUGGAUGUUGUGGAGGUUACAGAUGGUCCUCCUCAAGCAGAGAAUGAAGUGAAACGUGAAACUCUUCACUCGGAUUUCAUUCUUCUGCAGAAAAUAGCUAAACUUGUGGAAAACCUUCAGUCCCCCCAUGAAGGAUUAUCGCUACCUGUUGUAGAUAAAUGCAUAGCAGAUCUUGAGAUUAAAAUACGACAAGCAGAGCAGAUGGCAAGCCAACCUGAUGAUUCGUGUAUCACGGUUCAAUUCCCGGGAAAGUUGGAGAAAGUCACACGAACAUUAAUAUUCCCAUAUUCCUCACAAAAGGAUGAAUGGCUCGAUGUUAUUUCAAAAGCUAAACUUGCUAACGAGCCAUCAAACUUGGAUAGUUGGUUCAGUGCAAAUUCUUCUGAUUCAGAUUCACUUUGGAAACCACCGUUAUUUUUAAGAUGUCUCUCAGCUCAUACCUCGUAUAACGAGUUUCAGGUACAAUGUGCUUAUGCCUUCAUGCCCGUACCUCAUGUUACUCUACUAUGGUUGUCAUGUUCUGCAAGUACUGUACUUGCUGUGGUGAGUGUAUAUUACAUCACAGAUGACAGGGUGGAAAAAGUCCAUGUUAUGCAGGUUGAGAGUUCUGUUCAAUGUAUGGAGCAUUGGAAUCCUAAUAAUUCAAUACAUUCGGUAUGGUUGGGCAUGGAAUCUGGAUGUCUUCUAGAAUAUUCAUCAGAAGGAACAUACAGAAAACUGAAUGAAGUUACCAUGCCAACCAUGUCCACUGUCAUGAUAAUGAAAGCUUAUCGCAAUAAUUUAUAUGUUGGUUUAUUGGAUGGCACACUUGCUAUGUAUACCAGACCAAAAGGAACCAAUGAUCUGAACUAUGUGUCGUCUAUAGUAGUUGGUACGGGCCCUCUGUCAUGUUUGUCACCAAUAGAUGGAAUGUUAUGGGGCUGUUCAGGCAAUGACGUUGUUACAAUUGAUAUGGAAAAUUUUAAACCUGAAAGUACACGAUGUCUUGUAACUGAUGGUGAGCAGUUGGUUGUUAACCUCGUUACAAGGGUGGGGUCAGGUUUGUGGGUUACCUUCUGUGAGGAAUGCAACUUAAACCUCUACCAUCUGGAUUCAUUAGAAAGAUUGCAGGAAAUUAAUUUAUCUCGAGUAAUAAGAGACUUCACACAAGAUGUAGAACCUCAUGUUUCCUCAGCUGAUAAGAGCAUGAUCACAAGUUUAGUAAGUGGCAACUGGCAGUUGCUUGCUGGUACAAGUAACGGUCUUUUGUUGGUGAUGCCUUUACCUAAAUUACCAGGAUCUGUGCCUAAAAUAACAGGUCCUUGCAAGGUUUGUCAUCAUAGUUUAUGUGGUCCUCUUAACUUCCUCUUCGCUCCUGAUCUCCCAACAUCCCACCACAACAGUGAUCUCAUCCCGGAGUACAUGGCUUUCAAUGAGGAUCAACCUCCUCCCAUUCCAGAGAGGGAUGAUGAGUCUGUCAGAUCAUCCGUCUCAAAAAAUGAGAUUGAAGUUGAAACUCCAUAUGAAGAUUUAAGUCCACGGUCGUCAAAAUAUCGAGAUCCUCCAUUACCAAGACCUUCCAAUCUAUCUGUUCAUGAUAUUAGUAGUGGAAGUAACAUACUGAUCGAAGAUGGAUCUUUAUAUGAGAAUAUGGAAGUUCAAUCAAUACAAAGCCCUAGAAAGUCAACUUUCAUUCACUGGAACAAAGCUUCUUCACGUGAUUGUCCUGUCAUAAUAGCAUGUGGGGAGGGGUACCAAAGGUUUUUUUCAAAAUCAACCAAAACCUCCAGUGACCAGCUCGACAGUGAGCAUCAGGCAGCCACCAUACUAUGCUGGAAAGUUGUUUGAAUUCCUGGCUGCAAAAUUUUGCACUUUUUGGUGAACUUUAAAAUGUCAGGUUUAGGUUAUGUAGUAUGCGUCACUUAGCUUAAUGGUUUCUUUGUUCAUUCUACUUAGCUUACACUUAGUUGCUUUUUAAAAGCAUGUUUUGUAUGGUAAUGUUUAACUAUUUUAACAACCUAACUGAAAAGUAUUCGCAUUACACAUGUGGUGCAGUUUCUGGAUGCCUGUGUAGUGCUGGCACUACAGUGAACAUAUAUUCCUGACAACUUAACAUUCCAAGUCCAUCACAAUCUUAAGAGCCAAUUAUAUCCAACAGAAUUAAGUCAUUUUUCAUAGAGUACUUAUUGAACACUGUUUGAGGACAAGCCAAAAUGUCAACAUUUUUAUGCACCUGGUUAAUGAUCUUUGUAGCAGCCAUGCUGGCGUGGUUGUGUUGCUUUUCUUUACGCAAUUAUUUGAAUCUAAAGAGUGCUUUUGUUAAAUUCUUGUCCCAUAAUUCCUAACAGCUCAAGAUUUUAUAAUUAAAUAUUUCAGCGAUAAUUUUGCCGCAAUUUACUGUAAAUAGCAAACGGUUUUCUGCCCUAUUUAUGCCACAAAGACUUACUUCUUGCUCAUCAUAAUAUAAUUAACAUUGCACACAGUUUUCAGCCAUGGAAUUGUUGCACUGAAUACUUUGUGCAAUUCUCUGUUAUAUGUUGUUACUAGUAAUUCAUAUAAGUGGUGCUUACAUGUAUCUUUUACCUAAACUUUUUGUGUUUUUGUAUUUUAAUUACUUCAAAACUAUCAGCUUCUGCGGUGAUAUCUUGCGCUUUUUAGUUACUCCGCCUUUUAAGCUCUGGGUGAAUAUGUCAUAACAUUGCAUAUUUUCUAUUUUAGGCUUUUUAAGCAUUUAAAAUAGUAACUCUCAACUUGCUUGUCAUUAAAACUUUAACAAAAUGCCAUUCACAUUUGUAUUGGAUAAAGAUUAUUAAAUCUUUUUUAACGG